AUGAAUUUUUCAAGUAUAUUUAAGUCUAUUUCUAAUUUCCAGUUUCCAUAUACAUUGGAAGAGAAUUCUAUUCAUAAAACUGAGCUGUGGACAGUUUUUCAUGGGAUCAGAAAGGCAGAUUCGGUUCCAAUCACUGCCUUUAAAGCAAACAAGAAUUCUGGAACAGAUGAAUUGAUCACCAAUUGUCUGCAAAAGGCAAAGGUAAUGAAAAUACCGGGAUUGUGCCCUGUUUUCGAAAUAUAUGACUCAGAUCCAAAUAACACAUAUAUUAUUACGGAACGUGUCUCUCCAUUCAAUUGGGAUCAAUUAACUACGUAUCAAAGAAAUUUACAAGCGUUACAAUUAGGUAUUGCUCAAUUACUAGACACAUUGAAAAUUUUAGAAGAAUUCAUAAUUGGUACUAUAUCUCCAGAAUCCAUUUAUGUCAAUGAAAAGGGUCAAUGGUUAAUAUUUGGACUUGAAUUACUGGUUAAGAGAUCUGACGUGAAUUCUCACAUAUUUUCUAAUAUGUCAAAGCAUUACUAUACUAUUCAAGGGUUUACAACUUAUUCUAAUGAUUAUAAAACUGUUGAUGCCUUGAAUAUGUAUCACUUGAUUAAACAUUUCCUGAGUGGUAAAGUUCCAAAAGAUUGGAAUACUGCCAUGAACAUGUUAUCAAAAGGUUCCAUUACUUGCAGUGUCUUCUUACAAAAAAUAGUCAAUUCACAAACAUGGUUAAAUAACAGAUUGAUUAGGUUAGAUAAAGAUUUAAAGGAAAUACACAUUAAAGAUGCAGAAGGUAAAUUCAUUAUAAUGUCCACUUUUGAAAGUUUAUAUUUUGAAUCUAGACAAACGUUUUCUAAUAUGUCACCAGGUUUUAUUGUCGGAGCUAUAAUUCCUGAACUGAUUUCAAUUGUUAACUGGUUGCAAACCCCUCAAUCGAUCACUAAUAAAAAUUCUAAGAUUCUUCAUUUUUUAGCAAUAUUGUUAGAACUUACUGAUGAACACCAGUUUUAUCCCAAAGAAUUUAAAGAAUUAACAAUACAGAUGUUUAAAUUACCAGAUAGACAGAUAAGAUUUCUAUUAUUAAUUUAUUUACCUAAAUUAUUAGAGCCAUUAGGGAAGAAUGACAUUACUAAUCGUGUCUUCCCACAAUAUUUACAAGGACUUUCCGACUCUGAUGUAACACUGCGUUUAAAAACUUUAAAGACUGUUCCAGUAAUUGUACCAAGCAUAUCAGAACGUCAAUUAAAUAACGAAUUAUUACGCUACUUAGCUAAGACACAAGUAGAUCCAGAUGUGGAGGUACGUACUUGGACUAUAUUGAUUAUGACGAAGGUUGCUUCUACAUUAUCGGCAUCUGGAAGUAGAGCAAGUAUCCUUGGAACUGCAUUUACAAAAUCUUUAAAGGAUCCGGACAUUAAACCACGUUUGGCAGCUUUAUAUGGUUUGGAAAAAUCUAUUGAUUUAUUAGAUGUUUCUACUAUUGCGGGAAAAAUUUUAACUGUUAUUGCACCAGCUGUAUUGGAUAAAGAUCCAUUGGUUAGAUCCAAAGCUAAAGUGCUGUUCAAUAAGUAUUUGGAAAAAUUAGAAAGUGAAGCAGCAUCAGUUGCAACUGAUACUAAGGAUGAAUCACAAGAUAUUGAUUUUGAUAAUUAUGGAACUAAUGAUAAUGAGUUAAGUGAGCAAUUUAUGACAAGUUUAAGAUUAAAUUCACCAUCACUUGAGGAGGUAAAUACAUUGAAAAAAUCAUCUGGCGCUUUCCAAAAUGAUGACUGGGAUUCGAAUAAUGCAAUUAACGAAGAUAUCCAGUGGGGCGAUAACGAUGCUUGGGGUGAAGAAACUGCAUUUGAAAAUAAUAAUAUACCUGUACUUAAUAUUAACAAUUUACAAGGUAAAAAGAUUAGCAUAGAUGAUUCUUGGAAUAAUGAUAUACUUGAAGAGCAAGAACCUAUCACACACACAACUAAGUCCACUGCUGGAAAAGUUAAACCUAAAAUGCGCACAAUAAAAACAACAUCUUCAAGAACACUUACUUUAGAUAUUGAAGAUAAUGAAAAUAUCAAUGAUGGAUGGGGUGAUGAAUGGUAA